UUGAUGAAAAGAUGAAUUUUGUGAUCGGUACAAAAAUUACGUUUGAAUUAUCGAAAUUGGCUAAAGCCGAAACACUCACGGCUUUACCACGUAUUCCUACCGUGAUUUGCAAAAUUGUAAAAUCAAAUAAGAAAGAGUCCAUCAACCCUGCGUCAUUACCUCCUUUUAUUAAUACAUCAACUCCGAUUGUGAAUGCUAGAUUAGAUACGGUUCGUUGUCUCACUCAUCCUGAUGCUCUCAAGAGGACGAUUCAUUUGGAAUUGGACAUUAAAGAUUAUAAAGAGAAAUUGGAAUUUGUUCCCGGCGAUUCCAUUGGAAUAAUUGCACCUAAUAAUAAGAAGUUGGUGUUGGAAAUUUUAAAAACUUUGGAAAUUGGUGAAAACGAGGCUAAUCAGGAAAUUUCAAUUGAGAGUCUUGAAGGAACUGUGCUUCCAUCACAUCUAAGAAAUGCUCAGACGACUUCAAUUAUGGAAUUAUUUCGAUAUGGUGUGGAUUUGACCUCUUUACCACGUAAAGCGUUGUUGAGAUUGAUGGCCGAGUAUACGACGGACGAAGAAGAGAGGAAAACUUUAUUAUUCCUCUGCAGUAAACAAG